AUGCGUCCUGCCACCAGACUGCUCACGAUCACUGCAGCAGUGGCCAUAUUUGUCGUGGCCGCAUCGCAUGACACAGGUACAUCAGCGAGGCAAGGCCACAAUGUCAUCCCCUGGACCAUAAUGUUGUGUUUGCAGACCCAUCAGAUGUGGUGAUUGAGGAGGAGACCAUCAUUGCAGAGGGCAUCACGGACGGCGGACAAACGCUCUAUGGCGUAGUGGAGCAGGACAUUGUCGAGCUCCCUGCCUCGCCCACAGCCGUUAAUGAUCCAUCAGCAGGGAACAGCCAAAGUGACGAACUGGAGAUGCUGGUGAUGUACGAGACAGAGCCUAAGAAGGGUGACUCGUCUGUUGGUCUGCACUGCGACAAACGCCUAAGACGGCUACAGGGCAUCAGUAAGCAGAGGGCAAGGUGGACAGAGACAGGGGGAUGUGUCGACUCUGUGUCUCUGUUCAGUUGACCCAAAGGACACGCCUGGCGGAAGUAAGGACAGAGGGAUGUCAUGACAUCACCCGAGGAGACCUCCCGAUUGUUGCCUGUAUGUGUGCAUGGGUGUGUGGAUGUGUGUAUGCAGAGCGCAAGCAUCCGAAAACAUCUAUGUUGGAGGACAUCAUCGGCGCCAACUGGUACAAAAACGACCUCAACUACUUCGCAUACGCCAGCACCGCCACACGCAGAGGAGCGAUAAUGACGAGGGUACCUGUUUUGACAGCACUCUUGUUGCUGUUCGCUUUGUGGUGAUGGUCGAUAUGGACUGUAAGUUGUGAUGACAUCUCAUCUGUGAGUUUGAAGGCCACUCUGACACGCACACAGCAGUCCAAAUGAGGCGGGCAGAACUCUCAUGCACUGAACGACACAGCUACAAUAUGCGAAUGUAUGUCCUUACUAUCCUCAGACACAAAAUCUGCUCGUAUAUGUUGUGUCGGACACAUCUCAC